AUGCCCUCGAUUCUCAGCGAUGCCGACAAGGAAACAGUGAAGCGCAAUGUCCCGAAGCCAGCCAACAAGAUCCUCGCGGUUGCUGUCGCACGACUCUACGUCGCCUAUCCAGACACCUCAAAAUGGACAUACACCGGCCUGCAAGGUGCGGCCGUGAUUUGCAAUGAUCUGGUCGGGAGAACCUUUUGGCUCAAGUUGGUUGACGUCUCGCCCAGCGGAAAGGGCGUCAUCUGGGACCAGGAAAUAUACGACAACUUUGCAUAUAACCAGGAUCGUACUUUCUUCCACACAUUCGAACUGGAAGACUGCCCCGCAGGUUUGUCCUUCGCCGACGAGAAAGAGGCCAAGACCUUUAUCAAGAAGGUGCAGGAACGAGAGAAGCACGCGAGCAAAGAUACAAUCAAGACACCGUUUGCUUCAAUUAGAGGCCAGGGUCCUGCACCGGUCGCCAACGGAAAAGCCGGGCGAUCUAUAUUCGGAAGCUUGCUGCAUCGCUCAGCUACGAACGCCACGCCACCUCCCGCUCCUGCGUCGCCGAUACCUGUCACGCUGCCGACGACCCCGAUUCAAGCGCCAAGCGCGCCAGUAAAGGCAGAUCUGCCGUUUGAUACAAGCGACCCGUCGUGGAAGGGCUUAUUAGAUGAGCUUAAGGAUAUGGGCAUUACAGAGGACCAAAUUGCAGAAAACUCCGACUUUAUCAAAAUUUGGAUUGAACAGAAGCAAGCCGCCGAAGCUGAGAGCCAAAAACCAAGGGCCCCUCCACCUCCACCUCCUUCUGCACCGCCGGGCCCGAAGGCAAAUCACAUUAGCCCCCAAGAUACUGGAAACAGCUCGGGUAGCCGACGUGGUCCACCACCUCCACCACCACCACCACCAGUACGGAAGAGUCAAACCAGCUCUGUGGAUGAGUUAAAUUCAACACCGCCGCGCGAACCGUCUCCCUCGCCAGCUCUUGCUCGGAGAUUCAAUGUACCUCCUCCACUUGUCGAUGCAGGAAGGCUUGUUGAACCAGCUGGUCCUGCACUACCGAGGCGGCCACGAGCCACGUCAAAUGUCGCGAAUGGUUCCAGGCCGCCUCCCUUACCCCCGAAGACUCCAAUGGACGACGGCCCUUCACCUCGAUUCGGAGUACCUCCUCCUUUCAUGGGAGACCGCAAAGUCUCUGCUCCGCCUGCACCUCCUAGUCGCACCCCAGUUGCUCCUGGCCCUCCGCCGCCUCCUCCUCGUGGGGACGGUGCGCCUCAACUACCUCCUAAAGUUCCACAUGCCGUCCCUCCUGGACCUCCGCCUCCACCGCCCAGAGGGCCUGCUUCUCCGCCUCUGCCUGGCCCACGACCAGUGCCUUCAACUCCUGCAAUGGCACCUCCUCCACCUCCGAGAGGUCCAGCUUCACCCCCACCCCCACCCCCACCUCCUCCUCGACCAGACUCUGGGGAUUUCGCACCUCCGCCUCUUCCUGGUCGUCCUAGCCCUAGCCCUGGUCUUCCUCCUCCUCCGCCCCCUCCUCCUCCUCCUGGGGCAGGCGCGGCACCACCUCCUCCACCCGGACCGAGCUUUGGUGCACCUGGAGGACCACCACCUCCUCCACCCCCGGGCGAUCUGGGCCCUCGAUCCCGCCCCCUCCACCGCCACCUCCCCCUGCUGGAGGCAGCUCCAGAGGACCUCCUCCACCUCCUGCACCGGGAGGUACCGCUCCGCCAUUACCUAAGAGCCUCUGGUGGCGGAGGUUUGAGAAAAGUCAAGGAUUCCGAGAAACGAGAUCGCAGUAAUGCUAUGGUUCCUGGUGGUAGCGAUUCUGCUGCAGCUUCUAGCUCAGGAGGUGCUCCCCAGGGUGGACUGGCCAGUGCAUUGCAAGAUGCUUUAUCAAAGAGAAAGCAACGUGUUAGCGGUAGUGAUGAUGAGAAGGAGGAUGAUGACGACUGGUAA